CCGCCGGCUUCUCACUUCGCUGCUGCCGCUGCUGCUGCUGCUGCUCCCGUCGCCGCCGCCGCCGCAGCUGCGCCUGGGCUGUGACUCGGUGACCAUUCACGAUGGCAGAAGCUCACCAAGCCGUGGCCUUUCAGUUCACCGUCACCCCAGACGGGAUCGACCUCCAGCUGAGCCAUGAGGCCCUUAAACAAAUCUAUCUCUCUGGACUUCAUUCCUGGAAAAAGAAGUUCAUCAGAUUCAAGAAUGGAAUCAUCACGGGCGUUUACCCAGCCAGUCCCUCAAGCUGGCUUAUCGUGGUGGUAGGCGUAAUGUCAACCAUGUACGCCAAGAUCGACCCCUCACUGGGAAUCAUCGCAAAAAUCAACCGGACCCUCGACACGACCGGCUACAUGUCGGACCAGACGAAGAACAUCGUCAGCGGCAUCCUUUUUGGCACCGGCCUGUGGGUGGCACUCAUUAUCACCAUGCGUUACUCCCUGAAGGUGCUGCUCUCCUACCACGGGUGGAUGUUUAAUGAGCAUGGCAAGAUGAGCCGCACGACCAAGAUCUGGAUGGGUAUGGUGAAGAUUUUUUCAGGCCGAAAGCCCAUGUUGUAUAGCUUCCAGACCUCACUGCCACGCCUUCCUGUUCCGGCUGUGAAAGACACCGUGGACAGGUAUCUGGAGUCAGUGAGGCCCCUCAUGAAGGAGGAGGACUUCAGACGGAUGACAGAGCUGGCGCAGGAUUUUGCCAUCAACCUUGGACCAAAAUUGCAGUGGUACUUGAAGCUAAAAUCCUGGUGGGCUACAAAUUACGUGAGUGACUGGUGGGAAGAGUACAUCUACCUCCGAGGACGGGGACCACUAAUGGUCAACAGCAACUACUAUGCCAUGGACUUACUGUACAUCCUGCCGACGCACAUCCAGGCGGCCAGGGCGGGCAACGCCAUCCAUGCCAUCCUGCUCUACAGACGCAAGCUCGACCGGGAGGAGCUCAAACCUCUUUGUCUUUUGGGGUCCACCAUUCCACUCUGCUCUGCCCAGUGGGAGAGGCUGUUCAACACUUGCCGGAUCCCAGGGGAGGAGACAGAUACCAUCCAGCACCUAAAAGACAGCAAGCACAUUGUCGUGUACCACAGAGGGCGCUACUUCAAGGUCUGGCUCUACCAUGACGGCCGGCUGCUGAAGCCCCGGGAAAUCGAGCAGCAGAUACAGAAGAUUCUGGACGACCCGUCUGAGCCCCAGGCGGGAGAAGCCAAGCUGGCGGCCCUCACUGCAGGAGAGAGGGUGCCCUGGGCCAAGUGCCGCCAAACGUACUUUGCACGUGGGAAAAAUAAACAGUCUCUCGAUGCCGUGGAGAAGGCGGCCUUCUUUGUGACACUGGAUGAAACUGAGCAAGGAUACAAGAAGGAAGACCCCGACAUGUCGAUGGACAGCUACGCCAAGUCCCUGCUGCAUGGCAAAUGUUUCGACAGGUGGUUUGACAAGUCGUUCACGUUUAUUGUCUUCAAAAACGGCAAAAUUGGCAUGAAUGCAGAGCACUCCUGGGCGGACGCCCCCAUCGUAGGCCACCUUUGGGAGAGUGUCUUAGCCACCGACAGCUUCCAGCUGGGCUACGCCGAGGACGGGCACUGUAAGGGGGACAUCAACCCGAACAUCCCGUACCCCACCAGGCUGCAGUGGGAGAUCCCAGAGGAGUGUCAAGAGGUGAUAGAGACAUCCCUGAGCACCGCAAACCUUCUGGCCGAUGACGUGGAUUUUCACUCUUUCCCGUUCACCACUUUUGGGAAAGCCUUGAUCAAGAAGUGCCGGACGAGCCCGGAUGCCUUCGUCCAGCUGGCCCUCCAGCUGGCUCAUUACAAGGACAUGGGCAAAUUCUGCCUGACAUACGAAGCCUCCAUGACACGGCUCUUCCGCGAGGGCAGGACAGAGACCGUACGCUCCUGUACCGCAGAGUCCUGCAACUUUGUGCUGGCCAUGAUGGACCCAGGCCAGACGGUCGAACAUCGGCUCAGGUUAUUCAGGAUGGCCUCUGAGAAGCAUCAGCUGCUGUACCGCCUGGCGAUGACAGGCUCUGGCAUCGAUCGCCACCUCUUCUGCCUCUAUGUGGUGUCCAAGUACCUGGCCGUCGACUCCCCUUUUCUUAAGGAAGUCUUAUCUGAGCCUUGGAGGUUGUCCACCAGCCAGACCCCUCAACAGCAGGUUGAGCUGUUUGACCUGGAAAGGAAUCCAGAAUACGUGUCCAGCGGAGGGGGCUUUGGUCCGGUCGCUGACGAUGGUUACGGCGUGUCGUACAUCCUGGUGGGGGAGAAGCUCAUCAACUUCCACAUCUCUUCCAAGUUCUCCAGCCCUGAGACCGACUCUCAUCGCUUUGGGAAGCACCUGAAACAAGCCAUGGUGGACAUCAUCACUCUGUUUGGGUUCAGUUGUAAUUCCAAAAAAUAAUUCCAGAGAGCCACUCCAAAAGGAAGAGAACUCUUUUCAUAAAAACCAAAUGAAAAAUAGGUAUUAAUCCUGAGGGUAGUUCAGGGUGAAAAAUUACUCUUAAAAAAAAUUCAGAAGUUUUCCUUCCAGCAAAGAUUUGGUCUUUUUGUUUUUCUAGAAUAGUAGCCUCCGUCUUGUGAAAUAUAACCCUACUACUUCCGGGUAUAUCUUCAUACUACUCCCGGGUCACUCUGUGACCAUUUGGUAAGGUCCCCCUAAAAUCUUGGCACCAGCUCGUGUUUAUUAAGGGAUUGGAACGUUGCUGAGCUCAUUGAGGGAUUAGUGGGGCUAUGACUUCACAUCUCCUGGAAGUGGAAACAGCCUUCCUCCUCAGUGGUGACUGAAUACCUGGGCCUGAAGGGCAUUUAACUUUACCAGAGCAAUGCCAGCGUUUGUUUUGUUAAAAGAAAAGGGGUUGUCCAAGUCGGAGGUGUUAACAGUCACAGGUAACACUCAUAUAAUACAUUAGCUAAACGUGCUAUGCUUUUGGAAACAGAUUAUUGUCACUGCGGGUAGCUCUGUCAUUGUCUAGUUUGGUAGUCUGUGUUUGCCUCUCUUAUUUUAAGGAAGGUAGUGGUCAUGUCUGUAGCUUCACUGACCUUGUAUGUCUUCAAAACUCAGUGCCUUAAUCACGAAAGGCCCUAAAUGCAAGGGAGACUGAAGGAUUUAUUUGUGGAAUUGUGGGUGUAUUACUCCCCUCUCAGUUGAACUGAGUACAGAUAACCCUAAAUACACUUUUUCCUGUGGUUGCCCCCUAUCCAUACAAAGGAGACUUCCCUUAUGAAGGCAGCUGUGCUGGAUUCCCCUAACUGAAAUGCCUUCCUCUCAUAACGAAGCAAAAAAGGAGCUAAGUGGUGUGUGACUGAGCUGGGGAGCAAGGGACAAAACGGUCAAAUAGUAUGUGUCUGGGGAGUUCACCGAAGAAUAGAACAUAAUACAUGCCUCAGGGUUACUUUAGCUUACCCCAACAGAGGAGAGCACAAGAUUUACUACCAAGAAAGGAGCAGAACCUGAGAAAGGGCCAGGAGGAUUCUUUAAUCCCACCUGCAGAGAAAGAAGACCCAUUCUGGGGGCGAUGGGAACCAUCCGCCAGGUCAUCUUGGUGGCAGAUAGAACUGCUGCAGGUCACGGGUGCUAGGUCUCCACACAGCCUGUCGUUUUGAUGGGAGUGCUUUCUUCAGAGAGAGUCACAUUUGACCAAGAAACAAUUAUGCACUGAAUCUUCUUCAGUACUUGAUGUAAAAAUAAAGUAUCAUGCGAUGAAAUUCCCACUGCCUCUGGGCCACAAUGACAAGCUUGCCUGUCCACCUUUUUAAUUGCGUAUUUAUUUUUCUGACCACUUUUAUUCUUGUGGGGCUUCCCUCCUUAGGGGUUCUGCUGUCCAGUAUGACAAACACGAGGGCUGAACUAUCGGAGUGGACGAAGGCACUUGCUAAAGAGCAUAUGCGUAUUUCAUUUGCCUAUUUGUCAUGUAAAAAUCCCACCUAAAUGGGCCAAAGAUUUUUUUUCCCCUCCUAAAAACAAGAAGAAAUGAAAACAGAAGACAAAACGAUACCAACCACAGUAACAAACCCCCUCCCCCUGCCCCGAUUGUUCGCAGCGUGUAGUUAAGGAGGUUAGAGGCGGGAAGGCCCUCUCCCCGGUCAAGUGUGGCUUCCAGUCCAACACCACAGCCGGCCAGCGCUAAUCACCACGAGAGCAGCCUAAAACCAUGCACUCUCCACUAAACCACUGACCAAUCUGUAUUACACUAGGGUUCACGCACGAAUUCGAGUGCGGACAUGUUAGCCGUCAAAUAUAUUUGGGCUUGUCUCUCAGGUUUUAAAUGUUCGAAUGUCAUUGUGGUUAAUCAGUGCAGUUAUCAAUGCAAUUUUAUAUUCCUUAAAAGAAGAAAGAUUGAGUUUUUAUUGUACAUGUUGAGCGGGGAAGGGAAGAGUGUUAUGUAUUUAAUUUAAUUUGGAACAGAUCACAGCCCUUACAGAGCUGUGGGUUGCAUUUGCGAUCUUGGACUGCCCACUGUAUGUACAUACAAUAUGCUCUUUAGGAUGUAAAUCUUAGAUACGCACAGAGUGAAUGUAGGUCAUCAUUAAUAAAAUUAUUAAACUGUA